AUGCAGAAGGGUCCAUCUGAGGAUAAGACAAAGCAAAAACCUGGACCAAACCUGGACCCAAACCCUCACAUGGAGCAGCAGACCGGUGCUGAGCACGCAGAGUCCCGGGAUGGCGACAAGACUGCAGCUGGCUGCUCUCACCCUAGCCCUGUGUCUCCUGGUAAAGGGUCAAUGGAGAAUCUGGGGAAGUUUCUGGAAUGCGCUGAUGUCAAUGAUUCAACAUCGUUCACAGAUGACAACUUCGUUGCACACGUUUACAACAACUUCAGUGGUCAGGGUCCCCAGGGAGUGGUGGGGGGCGAUAUUGAGGACCAGGUUCCAGGUCAGUUCCAGUUUGGUUCCGGUUUGGCAAAUAUUGACCUUCCCACUGAGCUUCUGAAAGAGGAAGAGGAAAACACAAUUGCCAUCUUUCUGAUCCGUUCUCCCAUUAAUUUAGAGGAUUUCGGUGUCCUAGAUGGACGCCUUUUUGGGAUUAGCGUCUGUGAUAAGAACAUCUCAGGGUUGAGCCAGUGCAUCAAUAUCACAGUGAAUUUAAACAUCUCUGACGACACAAAGGAACCAUCUUGUGUAUUUUUGGACUUCUCAAACAAAAGUAAGGAUGAUCUCUUGGUGAUGCUGAUGGUGUCUCCUAAUAUCACCAAGGCCCAUGUUGUGAACCUCACCUACAUCUCUGUGAUUGGCUGUAGCAUCUCUCUCGCUUUCCUGCUUCUCACCGUCUUCCUGUUCCUCAUCCAGAGGCAAGUGGACUCAGACGUGUCUAAGAAGGUGCAUAUUAAUUUGGCUAUAGCCCUGAUUCUGCUGAAUGCCCAUUUCCUGCCCAGCCACUGGGUGGCAUCUAUGGCACCCUCUGGUGGCUGUGUUUAUAUUGCCAUCAUGCUGCACUACUGCCUACUGGCCACUUUCAGCUGGAUGGCCAUCGAGGGCUUCCAUCUUUACCUGCUUCUGGUGCGCGUCUUCAACACCUACAUCAACAGAUACCUGCUCAAGCUGGGUCUGUUGGGCUGGGGCAUUCCUGCUGUUGUUGUAUGUUUAAUCCUGAUCAUCGACAAAGAUGUUUAUGGGCUUGUAACUGUCAUACCCCCUGGAAAUGAUUCCAACAGCACACUACAGAUGUGCUACAUCAGCAGUGAUGUGGUGAAGCUGGUCACCACGGUCGGGGGCUUCGCGCUGGUGUUUGUGUGUAACCUGGGUGUGCUGGUGGUGACUGUGAGGCUGGUCCUGCAGCUGCGCCUCAGUGGCGCCCCCCCAGGAGAGAAGAGUAAGGGCGGCCGCAUGGGGAGAGACGCCUGCUCACUCAUGGCCGUGUCCUGCAUGCUGGGCAUCACAUGGGGCCUCGUCUUCCUCUCCUUUAGUCAGCUAACCCUGGCCGGCAUCUACCUCUUCUGCAUACUCAACUCUUUCCAAGGCAAGGCAAGUGUUCUUCAUGUGUCUCCUGACUCUGCAGGCUUCUUCAUCUCCAUGUGGCUCUGUGCAACCAGACACUCCCAGAGCACACAGAGCCAAAGCAGCACUGAGACACACAGCAGCAAGACCUGA